AUGAUCUUCUAACUCCGAUACAAUACAAAAUUGUCAGAAUCUUUGAAUAACAGCAAAGAUUAUCAUUCAAUGCAACAUCCUAAAUGGAUUGUACCUAAUACCCAUAGAAAUGAUCAUUAAUAACUAACACAUAGAAAUAAACUUCUUCCCAAAUAUCCUGAUGACAUGUUGUUGUGCUUAGUCUCUAAAGGACUAGCUCCAAUUAACAAAAAGAAAAUGAAAAAUCUACUCAUAAAUGAAACAUUCUCUAAUAACAAAGAAUUCCCUCCAGAUAUGAAGCAAGAACAUCCCUAUUAUAAUCUUAAACCGAAUCCAUCUUUUUCAGAAAUUGACAAACGUAAUUUUAAUUUAUAUACCUUAUAGAAACCAAAAAGGCUUUACCUCCUCUUUAGUUAAUACCUAAGAAACCAUCAAUUCGAAUACAAUCUAGAGAGAAGGAGUCGAAUGAAUUAUAUUCAUCCAAAAGUAGUAAAUUAGUAAGUCCAAGAAUUCAGAGAAAAAGCAAUAAGAAAACACCAGGAUAAUCAACAGAAAAGGAUAAAAUAUGUAGAACAUCUUCUACACCAUUUAUAUAUAAGACUCUGUAAAAGGAAAAUUUGACUAGCAGAUCUGGUUCUUCAACUUAGCGAUCAAAGUCAAAAAAUUAAAAACCAUAAAAAUUGACAAUCUAAAAUUCUAAAUAGAAUUCAGGAAAAGAAAGAAGAUAUACAUAAAAUCAAAACAAAGUACUUACUAUUUAAAAAUCUUCGAUUAAGAUGAUAGAUCCUUAAGAGAAGAAACUUCAAGUUAAAAGAAAAACAAGAUAGGCUUAAACUAUUUAAUAAUAAUAAUAAUAAUAAUAAUAAUAAUAAUAAUAAUAAUAAUAAUAAUAAUAAUAAUAAUAAUAAUAAUAAUAAUAAUAAUAAUAAUAAUAAUAAUAAUAAUUAUAGAUUAUAUCUAGCAAAUAAAAUACUUAACCUAAUAAUAACCAAAAGUAAACUACCUUAAUUUCUUCAAAUCAAUAAUAAAAUUUAUUAAAAGAUAAAUUACAAUUAAGGCAUACAUCUUAUAGAUGCUUUUUAAAUAAAAUAAAUUUUUCAAAUAAUUAAUGCAUUCAAUCACCUAACAAAAUGGAAAUUCCUGCAUAUUACUUUUAUGUUGGAAAAGGAAAUAAUGCUAGUUUGAUUAAAAACUUAUUUCGUUAGAGAUGGUGGUGGCAAGAAAUUGAAACUAUGGAUCUUAACAAAACCAAUAUGAUUUGGACUUAAUUGAAAUAAAACAUUUGCAUUGAAAAUUUAACAGCAUUUAAUGUUAUAAGUAAUGAUUCAAAUUACAAUAAUGAUUCAUUUAUUUAAAGUAUUGAAGAUACAGUGGCUGAUUCUAGUGAUUCUGAAUUGGAAAUCAGCAUCAAACACAGAUCUGUUCCACUCUUUAACACUAAUUUAUAAGCCAAAUAACCAUUUUAAUAAAUUAGUAAUUUAAAUUAAUUAAAGAGAAUAUUCAAUUAAAUUGAACUUUAAAAACUAUUAGCUUAUAUGAAAGAUAAUAAUUUAUGGGACUCUUAGUUAGUGUUCAGCGAUUGUUCUGAAAAAUUGCUCUUAAACAUCAAAGGAGUACAAUAUUCACCUAUAAUUAUUAGUUUCACACCUCAACUAGAAUAGAGAGUAGAAAUUAUAGAAUGCAUAAUCAUAUGUAAGACAAUUGGCAUUUGGGAAAUAAGAAAGCUCUAUUUUAUAAUAUGAGGAACUAUUUUAAAAUAAUUAAGGAAGAUUAUACAAAAUACAUUCCAAUUACUUUUCAUAUUCAAUAAGGGACAAUUGAUCCAGAAUAUCUUAGAUUUGUUGAUUAUUAUAACAAAAGACAAGAAGAAAUAAGAGAAUAAGAGAAGAAAAUUUAUAUGGAUUAUAGGAAAGAGAAGAAAGUGAAACCAAUAAAUUUAUGGAUAGUAAAACCUGGAGAAUGUACAAAUAGAGGAAAUGGAAUUACAGUUUGUUAAGACUUAAUGGAUAUAAAUAAGAUAAUAAUGGAAGAAUAGCCUGAUGGGAGAUAGAGAACUUAUAUAAUUUAAUAAUACAUAGAUAAUCCAUUUUUAUAUAAUAAGAGAAAGUUUGAUAUUAGAUGUUAUAUGCUUCUUACAUCUUAGAAUGGAAUAUUAAAAGGAUAUUGGUAUUAAGAAGGAUAUAUAAGAACAUCUUCAAAGGAAUUUACUACCAAGUGUCUUAACAAAUAUAUUCACUUAACAAAUGAUGCAGUUUAAUCAAAAGAUGAAGAUUAUGGUAAGUAUGAAUUUGGAAACAAGAUUUCAUUUCUAGAAUACUAAAGAUAUUUGGAUACAUUUCAUAAAGAAUAGAAAUUAAAUUUCUUUGUUGAUAUCUAUCCAAAAAUGAAAUAGAUUGCUUUAGAUUUAAUGAAAGCAUCAUAUGGAAAGAUUGAUCAUUAAAGAAGAUCAAAUAGUUUUGAAGUAAAUGUUAAUAAUAAUAUUAUUAAUAGCUUUUUGGAUUAGAUUUUAUGAUAGAUGAUAAUUUUAAACUUUGGUUAAUUGAAGCAAAUACAAAUCCAUGUCUAGAAUUAUCAUGUCCACUUUUGAGUAAAAUAAUCCCAACCCUUGUUGAAAAUUUGUUUAGGUAAUUUAUACCUUAUAAAUUAGAAUUGCCAUAGAUCCAAUUUUUCCUCCUCCUUUCUUUGAGGAAUGGCCUCUGAAUAAAAAACUAUUUAUUCCUGAUAAUGUCUUAGAAAAUAAUAGAUUUGAACUUAUGUUUGAUGAAUUAAUUGAUAAAAAAACAAUGAUCAACUUAUAUAGGGAUAAUAAAAUUGAAUAGGAUUGUUUUAAGAUAGAGGAGGAAGAAGAGGAAGAAGAAGUGAAAGAUUGA